GUCCGUCGCGAAAAGCGAUCGAAAAGUGAAACUAGCGCAGUUUUCCCUCAUUUUAGUGCUCGUAUUUUCUUGAAAAACAUCAAAAUGAGUCCUCCAACAACGCAAUACGGUAUUCAAAGUACCGCUGGUGCAAUUCCAGUUAAAAACACUAAAGGUGAAAUUUCUAUGCAGAAAGUAAAGGUGCACCGAUACGUAUCCGGUAAGCGUCCAGAGUAUGCACAGUAUGCAAGCAGUGAUGAAGAAUCGGAAGAUGAUGAUUUCAUGGAGAACCGCCGGGCCAACGAAGAACAGCAGCAACGGGAGGAGUCCGAUGACAACGAACUUCCGGAGGAUGUAGACGAUCCGCGUAUUCGCCGUUUGCAGGCAGUUCGCGUAGAGAAUCAAGAAGAUCUGGAAUACGAGCGCCGUGAACGCCAUCGCGUUAUACAUGAACCGGAACUCGUCGAGUCCGAAAGCGAAGGCGAGAGCCGUAGGAGCGACGAUGGGCGUAGGAUGGAUAGCGAUGGGGAUCUGGGCGCAGAUAGCGCCAACGUCACCUCCCGGCGGAGACGCAUUUCGUUGGGCUCCGAGUCGGAAUCCGAGGCCGAGCUCAGUGAUACGGAGAUUGAACGCAGACGUAAUAUGCUCAAGGCGAAGAUGCUUCAACAGAAGCAGCGCGAAGAGGAGGAACUGCUGCAGAAACAGGAAGAAGAAGGACUGUCGGACUCGGAGGAAUCGGAAAGCUCGGAGUACGAGGAGGAAACUGAAAGCGAUGAGGAGAACGAACCCCGCCUGAAGCCACUAUUUGUUCGAAAGAAGGACCGCACCACUAUCAUCGAAAAAGAACGCGAAGCAAACCGACAGAAACAGCUAGAGUAUGAGUCCAAAAAGAUGGCCAAGGAGCGUCGAAAGCAGACGCUUCGUUUGGUGGAGGACAGUAUCAAGAAGGAUCUCGAGAAGACCAAGGUUGAAAACGAACCGUCGCUCAACGACGUCAACACGGACGACGAGAACGAUGAGGUGGAAUACGAAGCAUGGAAGUUACGAGAAUUGAAACGCAUCAAACGCGAUCGUGAGGAAAAGGAACAAUUGGAAAAAGAGAAACAAGAAAUCGAACGCCUGCGAAAUCUUACGGAAGAAGAACGGCGUCAGGAGCUGCGCAACAAUCCGAAGCUUGUAACCAACAAAAACGUGAAGGGCAAGUACAAGUUCCUGCAGAAGUACUACCAUCGUGGUGCGUUCUACCUAGACCAGGAGGACUCCGUCUACAAGCAGGACUUCUCGGCACCGACGCUCGAGGACCACUUCGACAAGACGAUCCUGCCGAAGGUGAUGCAGGUGAAAAACUUUGGUCGAUGCGGACGCACCAAGUACACGCAUCUGGUCGAUCAGGACACGACCAAGUUCGACUCACCGUGGGUAGCCGACACGCCGAACAGUACCAUGUUCCUCACGGAACGGGCCGGCGGCAUGAAACAAGUGUUCGACAAACCUUCGCUCUAUCGCAAGAAGCGCGAUGUGUAGUUUUAUUAAAAGUUUGUUCUGGGAGUACAACAAUUCUUCUUUGUUCUAGGAUUAAAAUUCUGCGAUUAACAUAUUUAGUUAUAAGAAAUAAAUGAUAAACAGAGGGGAACGCGAAUAAAACAGAGUAAGAAAUAGAAAUUCACAAACGUUGUACUCACUACGCGUUGUUUGCUAGUAUGACGAACUGCAUAUUCGGGAAGUGGGUUUUGAACAAGUGUAUCAUGCUUUGUAGUCCAUUGGUAAAGAUGUCCUGUAAAUGGAAAUAGUCAAGUCGUCAAAAUGAAGCCACAACCAUUGCUUUAUAUUUGGGUAUUCGAAACAUACCUGAAAUGAGCUAUCUAUUACGAAAAGUUUGCAGCCGUCAACGUACAAGAAGCUUAUAAAUAUCAGGAGGAAAGCUAGCUGCCGCUGGUCCUCGUCGACUGUGUCUAGCUCAAUCCCAUUACUGUCCAGGAUGGUAAAGUUGACUGCGGUAAUUUUGCUGAAUUCAAAUGAUGUUGUCUGUCGAAGAAAUGAUUAAAGGACAAGAUUAAAAAACUUUUCAUACUUCUAUGGA